AUGGCAGUCACGGCUGUCGCUCUGGCGUCUGUUCAGCGCGCCGCCCCGCCGGGCCGUGUACUGACAAACAGGCUGGCAGGCGAUACGGAGCGGCCAACGGGACUGAGCGGCGACGAUGAGUCCGGGACGCCGAGGCGGCAGUCGCCUCCGCUCGCCGACCAGCGUCGCGCCGUCUUAGCAACGCGGUCCAGCACGCCUCAGGCCCCAGUUCGCGAUCGCAGGUGCGUCCAGCAACUGGUCGGCAGCGACAUGAGGUUAUCGCGUGUGGCGAGUGCGCUAGUGGUGCUGAUGGUCAGUGGCUGCGUGGAGCCGCACCGCUCCAAGCGGGUCGUCUACCUGGAUACGGCCAGCCCCAUCGACGUAGCGCUGCAGAUCACGGUGCCCUUCGGCGUGGCUCUCCCCUCUGUGCGGAAGAAGCACGGCUCGGAGGAGGCGGACAAGGCGAGCAGCGGGCGUCGUUCAGGCACCGCCUCGCCGCUCCAGCAGCUGUUCGCCCUGCUGCAGGUCGAGACCGACGCAUGCCGCCUGCGCCUGCUGUGCCAUCUGGCGGCUGACCCGCAAUACUACUUCCCCGUCGCUGAUAUAUUCCGAGAACAGAUGAGGAAGGAGACGGAGGCGCAGUACGUGUCUGCGUGGCUGCAGGGCGCCGCGGCCGCCUCUGAGCCCCGGUGCGCCUCUUCGCACCCCGGCUGCGCCACGCCGCCCGACGGCUUCCUCGACGCUCGCGUCAUGGCGCUCUGGAGGGCCGCCUCGCGCUUCGUCAGGAUCCGCUUCCGCAGCGCAGACUAGAGCGCCAGCCCGCAUUGAAGCGUAAUGAACAGGACCAUUGGAGCUUAAGGCCGGGUUCUCAUUCAUCUGAGCAAAAAAUAGACAAAAUCUGGAAUUCUUUUUGAGGCAGUGAAUAGAUACCAGAGGAUCUAUUUGGGUAUUGUGACUGAUCAUACCGGUACUUUGAAGGAUUUUCAAUACAAAAAAAACGAACAAAAAACAAAACAAAACACGGCUCACGUAAUUAUGGUUUGAUAAAGGCCCGCGAGUCUGAAGUACGCAGACGACGUGCUGUGUAACCCUUCAGUAGUCAUCUGGAACCAAAAAUGGAUAACAUCAAUCGGUACUACAUUAAAUUUGUGAGAACUUAUACCUAAACACAAUGGAAUAACCUUAAAUGUAAUAAUAUGGUGCUAACUCGAAAUGUUAGUUACAUUUUUCGGUGUUUGUUUCGUUCUUUAUGGCUUUACAAAAAAUAGAAAUACAAGAGAUAGAAAUUAACAGUCUGAACAGUUUUUAUUUUAUGCUGCACGCAGUUACGAAAACUCUUUUCUCCAGAAAAGCUCAUUUAAAGUUUACCGAAAAUUUUUAUAUAUAUUAUUAAUUCAAUUUGGAUAAACACUACAUUUUAUUAUAUAUUUUUGAUGCCGCUGAACACUAAGGUGAAGUUAGAUUUCCAAAGUUCAAUAUGGCUAAUCCAAUGGGGCGCACGAAAAAUAACGUUUUCACCACUUGUCACCAAAAUCUGAUAAAAAAAGUUGGUAGCGUAACUUACGUUUAGCCUGCAAUUCCAGGACCAUAUAUUAACCUUUUCUCUAACUCUAAUUGUUCCUAGAGAGCAAUUUUCUCGAUCUUCCUGGCCAGAAAAGCCAAUGUGGCUGAGGUGGAUAUGCUGCGUUCGACAGCCGGCAAAUAUGUUUGCGUGCCUACUGCAAUAUAAAUCAUUUUGUGAGCGUGCUUCACAGCAUAUCAAGUUUUCUACCUGAGCCGGGCGUUCAUGUCUGAGAAUGUCCCACGGCGACCGUGACGGUACUUCGAACAAUGGGCUUCAGAAACUUUUGUAACGCAUGGAUUAAAAAAUCUUUUCGUCUAUCAUUAUAGACACAUAUAGCUUUCAAAAAAAUGCAAUAAAAUUCGUAUUUUCGACCAUUUGAACGUGAACCUUGCCUUAAGCCUUCAGUUUGUUUUCAUGUAACGAGAGAUGACAUUUCAAUACUGUUUCAUGGAUCAGAUCAUAUUUUACCUGGUAUGGUAAACAUAUGCUCAGCUUCAUUUUUCAGUAACAAUACCGUUUCGACGAUGUGUCAUAUGAUUUAUAGUCAGACGAUCUUUAUAUCUACGUACGACUGAAAAUGUGAAUUUCUAUUCCAAAUCUGGCAACAUAAAUUGAUGAUAAAUAUAACGCCGUUUUGGUAGUGGUCUUCCACAGAUACAAUCUACAUAUUACAUUUUUUA